UAAGGGAUUUAACACAAUUUAACAUCGCCUCUCUCUCUCUCUCCAUGGAAAUUUGAGUAUAGUUCUCACACAUUUUAACGGGCUUCGAGGGAUCCAUAUUCCAUAGUAGCCAUGGGAAAAUGCACGAAGAAAGCAAAGAUGACGUCUGACGUAGCCCUCACGGAUGUCUCAGACUCACACUCCUACCUCGGUAUCCGCACCCACACCAAAGCCCUACCCCUCUUUCAGCGCCUUCCAUCCGCCGCCGCCUGUUCCCUCCAGCUCCGCUCCAUGCAGCCGCAGAAUUCACGACGCAGCUACGGUUGCAGAGGUGAAGAAUACACCGAAAUUGGAAGGCAUGAGAAUUUUUCACCGCCACAUUCUGCUCAAGGAGAAAAUAAUUUGGAUUCUGAUGUUCCACAAAGUUCCACCGGGGCCAUAACUAGGACAAAGCAAGCAUGUUCGAGUCGAAGGGCACAAAACGCAUAUGUUAGGAUCGCUCCUCCUGCGCAUGAACUGGAGGAGUUUUUCGCCCGCGAGGAGCAAUUGGUGCAACGCCGUUUUGCCGAAAAGUACAAUUUUGAUAUUGUGAAAGAUUUGGCGCUGCGUGGACGCUACGAAUGGGUAGCAGUGAGACCAUAAAAUGAGUGUGUGUGUUUAUUUGGAAGAGAGUAGGGGUGUUUGUUUGGUCACUAACAAUACGCAUGUAGAAAUUCCCUAGAAAGUGUAAUCAAUCAUUAAGCUUGCUUCAAGUUUCCUACCCUUGUAAAUACGUAUUUUUCAUGUGUAAUUCUCCUUUACGAGCUUCCUUGAAAAUCCUGCUGUUUUAUGGUA